CCCUCUGAGAGAAGAGAAGAGAGGAACAAAAAAACAAGAAUGGGUUCAUUGAGUGGUGGAACUGGAAGUUUAUGGGGAAUGGGAUUUUUUCAUUCUCAAGAAUGGAAUUCUGGAAGAAGAAGAAGAAGUAAUGGUGGAAAAUCGUCAAAUUCAGAUUCAGUGGAUGCAAAUAGUGGAGCUGGUUAUCGUUUUCCUUUGAAGCAAGCUAUGACUGCUAGCUCUCUUGCACUUACUGGUGACACCAUAGCUCAGCUUCGUGACCGGUGGCUCAAGAACAAAGAUAAUCUUCCUGACCCAUCUCAACCUAAGGAUAUGAUUGGUGCUCUCCUAUCUGAGCAUGACUGGCUUCGGUCCAUCCGGAUGGCUUCAUAUGGAUUUUUGUUAUAUGGUCCUGGUACUUAUGCAUGGUACUCAUAUCUUGACAGAUGUAUGCCCAAGCAAAGCGUGGAGAAUGUAAUGAUGAAGGUUUUAUUAAACCAAAUAGUGCUAGGUCCUUCUGUAAUAGCUGUUAUCUUUGCAUGGAAUAAUUUAUGGCUUGGGAAACUUUCAGAACUUCCAAACAAGUAUCAGAAAGAUGCCCUUCCAACUUUAUUGUUCGGAUUUAGGUUCUGGAUCCCUGUCAGCAUUUUGAACUUUUGGGCGAUUCCUCUUCAAGCUCGUGUUGCGUUCAUGUCUAUGGCUUCUAUAUUCUGGAAUUUCUGUUUGUCAGCAACUAUGAGCAAGUAACUGUCGUCGAAAGGAUUAGCAGGAAGAGCAGG